AUGUCAAAAUUUUUACUGCAGAAAAGCUCAAAACUUUUUGAAGACAGCAAUCCUAUCAAGAAGGCGAAAAAAUCUACCUUGCAAAAGCUUAAAAAGAAAAAAAAUUGGACUUCUGUUAAAAAUAUCAGCAAAACAUUAUCAGAAGAAAAUAUUUUACAAAAUCUGGAGAAAAUUAAACAAUUAAAUAACCAGAAUUCAGUGGAUGAAACUCAAAAAGUAUUACAAAAUCAUAUUGUUCUCUCGAAAAAUAAAAGAUCUAAUGUAGAAAACAACAAAAAAGAAAAAGAAGAAGAAUCAACUGUUUUUUCAGAAAAAGAUUUCGAGGAAUUUGAACGAGAAUAUUUAAACAGUUGA